ACAAGUGUAGUAGUACCCAUGGUGACACUUUAUAUAAAUAUUCAAAUGAGGUUAGCCACACGUUAAUCAAAUUCGAAUUUUAAAGUAACUUCAAAUUGGCAAUUCAACAAACUUGCUUCGCUAUCCUUCCAGCUACGCCUACCUUGGAAUUAAAUCAACUGAGAAGCAAGUAUGGGUGAAUGGAAGCACGGUCUUUUUGGCUGUUUCGAUAACUUUGGGCUGUGUAUUAUAACAUAUUUUGUGCCAUGUUUUACUGCCGGUAAAAAUGCGGAAAAGCAUGGUGAAAGCUGUGUGGUCUACGGGUUACUGUCACUUCUAGGCUGCAUCGGGAUCUGGUCAAUGUCGAAAAUACGUGGAAUGACGAGAGCACAGAAAGGGAUAGAGGGAAGUGGUAUAAACGAUUGCUUGGUGAUAAUGUUUUGCGCCAUCUGUGCACUAGUUCAAGAAGGACAGGUUAGUAUUUCCAGCAUUAGGUUGUGUAGGGAGACCAGAUUGCAGUGGUGGCGCCAGGGGGGGGGGACUAUCGCCCCACGUCGGGGAAGAAGAUAA